GUAGCACAUACCUCCUCGUGCUGGGCGACGCCGAGCAGCAUUCCCACCUCUGCCCCAUCGAGCCCCCAAACUAUCAUCCACCUGUCGCCUCACAACCCAUCAAAUGUCGGCUCUCCAACGCGAAUUAGCGAAAUUGAAGAUGGCUCCUCGCAAAACAAGAAGAGAACGACUCUCCCUGGGCCGCCGGACUUUGGGAACAAACUCCAAGGGACCUCCAAGCUGGAACGUUCAAGACGCAACCAACAUCCCGCUAUCACAUCAUCCUGACCCCCAACAGCCCGGUUUCUUCAGCGGCUGAACUUCAAGAGCUCGCCGAGCUUGAGUGGUUGCCUGAAGCAAUCGAAACAAGCCAGGUUUGCGUGUACUGGACCGAACUCAAGAAGUGACCAUCUGCCAAGUGAGCUACGAGGAAAAGGAGAGAGUGAAGAAGAAGGCGGAGAUCUCAAGCGGCAUCGAGGACAAUACCGUGGUUAUGUCCCAGGGGAAGCAGAGAUAUCCCAGAGUGGUGACAGCGUUGAAGAAUGGUGUUUCGGCA